UAUAAAUGACAGCUCUGUGCCACCGUGUAAACAUCACAAAUGGUUAGUAGUGUACAUAAAUAAAUGCCUGAGUCAUGGAACUACAAACAUGGCGUCUACAGAGCAAGUAAUUUUGCAAUGCUCCUCCCAUACUAUAUAUUUUAUGCCAUAAUAAGCAGUGAAAGCGAAAGUUAGGUGACAGAACUGCAACAGGAGUAGUGAGGAUGGCCUUGCCGGUCGUGGUUUAUUCGGCGAACAUGUUUUAAGCCUCCACAGAGCUCUCAGAUGGAUCUGGGUCCCCCUUCAGUCCCUGUCUGCGUUAUGAUGGUCUGUUUGCUCGGAGCUGCGCGCUUCUGCAGCGGCGUCGAAAGCAACUGUCAGUGCCCAGCAAUCCCCCAGCACAGUCUAACAGAACCUCCAGGGAGUACCUGCUUAAAUAUAAACAAGACUUAUCGUUACAAAUGUGUAACAGGUUACGUGAGGAAGGUGGGAACCUCAAAUUUGAUCAGAUGCCAACAAAAGGAUGAUGGUCUUGUAAAGUGGACAACGGCCAACCUGCAGUGCAUACCUGACCCAAAGAGAACCACAACAAAGCCACCAAUUACCACAGUAACAAUGGGUAACAAUGAUAUUCCCCAUGACUCCACCAUUACUACCACAGUCACCGUCGGCACGACCACCCUACAGACGACCCCGAUUAUAAGCACCUCAGCUUCAGUGACUGCAGAAACACACAGCGCAGCGCCAACCUCAACGACAGCUCACUCACAGGUAGGAGCUGUGAAUGAGACCAAAGCAACGGACGGGACAACGGCAACCUCAACCACCACUAAGCCUUUAAACAGCACAAUUAACCCUCAAACGUCCAACCUAGAACCUAGCAGCCUGGCCGCGUUGAUCGCCUGUGUUUCACUGGUGAUCAUCAUUGCUUUGAUUGGAACCUUUUAUUAUAAAUGGAGGUCCAAAAAUAACAACCGACGGUACUCAGUGGAAGAACAGACACCCAUGAAUCCUUUUCCAUUUGCACCGGCAUCAUAGAAGCUUGUAGAGAGCAGCAGCUGUACUGGAGGUCAUUGGGAUCAUCUCCACGCAGUGAAGAACAAGUUGUUGCCUCCACACACCCUUUUGACGUUCUGUGGACAUCGUGCUGAAGAACACAAUGUCUGGCUUCAUGUGAAAUCUGCACAUUUCCAACAACUUUAACUUUUUUUCUGAGCUUAAGACUUUUCGUAAAAGAAAUGAACUGCACUUCAGGAACUUUAAUUUUGAAGACAAUGCGACACAGCCUACUUCAACCCCUCAGGAUAUGUCCUUCUAACAAGAAUUGCCUGUUCAGACAAAGUUUGAAAUAGCUUAUCCUUUUCUCCUAUAGAGCUCCAUUAUUGUCCGAUUAAAAACACCAAUGGGCCACACCUUUAACCAGGGUAAACAUGUUCCCUCCUCACAAUGAAUAGGCACUGCAGUUUAUUUCAGUCAGUUCCAACAGUUUUCUGUUGCUGUAAAUACUCACCCCAACUAGAAUAUAGUAAUUUUUGCUCAAAAGAGCUUUUUCAGGGACUUAUUCUGCCUUUUUAGAGAUUAUAGAGUAUCGCCAGCCUUAUUCGUUAAGACUGUGGGGAUUAAAAGGCCUUGGCAAUAGCCUGCACUGUAAUUGUAUCUAUGUAAGUUAAUUAACUGAAGAAUUAGACAGUUAAAGGGUUAAAUUUCAUGUUACACGAUAAUCAUGAAAAUAUACUUAAUGCUUUUUAAAAUGCCACUUAAACAUACUGAACGAUUAUCCAGAUUCAUACAAAAAUUUAUUUGAAAAACUUAACAGCAAGGUCUCAUCACAAUAUUAUAAUAAUAAUAAUAAUAAUAAUAAUAAUAAUAAUAAUAAUAAUAAGGGCUGCAUGAUAUGGUAAGAACAUCACGUGUUCUCUUAAAUCUGGAGAAAAAGAUUUCUAAGCCAGGGCAUUUCUGCAGAACUACAGUACCAACACAUUUUAUCUUUAUUAAAACACUGCAGCUCCUGCCAUUUGCAAAUGGCACUUGGCCCUACUGCGAUUAGGAUAACAUUUCGAUUAACUACGCAGCCCUAAUAAAAACUAAAGUCUUAACCAUGGUACUCCACAGACAGACCUUGCUGUGAAUGGUUUUCAUUGAACGCCCAAAUCAUGUUUUUUGCCACACACACACAUUCUGGAGCAAUUUGGGGUUCAGCGGGUCUCGAAUGGGUAAACCAGAUCCCCCAGCUGAGCGGCUGGUGGUCAUUAUUUUGAGAAGUCUGGUACAAUUAAAGAAGUCACAAAGAACUGCUGGAAGCUCUUUAGUACCAAGUAAUAAGAUAGGGGACUUUUUUUAAAUAGAAUAUUUAAAAUAUAUUAUAUAUAGAAUAUAAACUGACCCCAGGUUGGUAAAAUCCCCAAAGUCCAAGAAUAAAUAUCAAGACAAUGACCUCAACCCUGGUUGUACAGCCGUGUGGGUUUUUAGUAAGAACCAACCCCGCCUGUGGUUUGAGCAAUGUCUGAUAUCAGCAUCCAAACUAAGUAGUUUGUUCCUGCAUUACUCAGUUUCGGCAUAAUGCAGAAGGAAGUUAACCACCACAUUGAGCCUUCAUCUGCCAUCCCAUCUCCCUAGCUGUGUCACGUUUUUAAAAAUAUCUCAAAGCUCUUCCUGUAAUGUAAAAUGCACGCCCUGAUAGCAACUAGCUGUACAAUUUGCCAACUGUAAAGCUUUUCCAUGUGGUGCUGCAAUAGCAUGAAUUAGUAAUCACUGUAUGAUUGUAUUUUGAAAUGUGUAUCUUUUCUUGAGAGCCCUGAUAUUUAUGAACUGGAUGUUUAAUAGUAUUAUUUAAAAAAAUGCAACUGCUUUUCAAUAAUGUAACUUGUGUGUCUACUUUGUUUUAUAAUGACCAGUAUGGGGAAAAAAAACCCUCAAUGACAAGAUGAAUUUUUCAAUAAAAGCCAACAGUAAAUGUGAAUCACCUUA